GUCAUGUGUUGCUGUCGCUCUCCGGCUCAAGUACUUCUCACGCGUCGCUUGUACAGUUUUAGUGUCCUUUUACAUUUUGAGGAUAUUUGAUCGAUUAAGGAGUUGUUUCGGGUGAUAAGACCGUGACAGAUAAAUGAGGCUUCUUCAUUAGCAGUGUAUCUAGUGGUGCGUUGAGAGGAAAAUUAAUUGCUGCCUCCCCAAUCGAAGAAAUGUUAACUAAAUUAUCGGACACAGACAGACGUGUUCUUAUUGUUCUGUCUUCGUAUUUUUGAUGAUCAUUAGUUGCGACUGAUGACGACAUAUGAUCGGAAGUGACCAUUGUGAGUGGCCAGCGGCGUUGAUCAGUCGCUACGUCAUUUCCUGCCCACGUGUGACCAGCUGUCAUCUGGAUUCAGAAAACACCCGAAUUUGACAGGUGGCCAAAAGGACUUCAGAGCGCCGGGGAAAAUUCUUCAGCAUCGACAGUACUCCCAUUCUCAAGGGUCGCUAUUGUCAUUGACUUAUUUUAUCUCGAAUCCGCCAUUCCUACUCUUGUCGGGAAGUAAGCAAAUGGAAUUAAGAUAGAAGUGAAAAGAAAUAAAAGAACAAACGAAAUUCCGACGCUUGUGCCAUCCUCCGGGAACCUAACGCAGAGGAAGCUUCAAUCACCCUUGCCACAAACGACGUCAGCAGAACAGAAAAAAAGGGUGUAGUGUGCACGUUUGUCUCGCAUCUGUCGAAUUCCCAACUGUUAAACUACCCGGGACCCUGGCCGAUAUUCGCUGAGAAAAAGUGUUCAUUUAUUACGUUUUUAUUGGCACGGAGCGAAAUAGUUUGUUUGAUUGGAAAAUAAUUUCUCUAUUUAUCUCUGAAGGUGAAAGUUUGAAUUCAGACUUUUAAUUACAACCAGUUAGAUAAUAGCGCAGAGAGCGAUCUGAAAAAAAGACGAGGAAACGAAAUGAUCUGGCAAGAGUAAUUAAUUUACUCUUGAUUUUUAUAAGUGACAUAUUGAAAAAAAGUAAACAAUCACAAGAUUUUCAAGUUACAGAUGGUGCUUCUAUAUUUCGAGAUACAGGCAGGACACAGAAAAAGAAGCCAUUAGCCCCCACCCCCGCACCCCUCUCCCCCGCCCACUGAAAUGUAGAUUCGACCACAGGCACAACGGGAAGUUAGCCACCGUAGACGGCACUUCCUUCUGCCUGAUCACCCAUUCUGGAACACGUGAUUGACGGAUUUAACAGUCGACGGCCUUUGUACCGUUUGCUUUGGGCCUCCGAGAGAGAUAAUAGAGAGAACAGUGUAUGUAAGUAACUAACUGGUUGUAGAAUUCAAAGAUCUCAUAAAAAUAUAAGAAUAGAACAAGAAAUUACACAGAAGAAAUUGGACUACCAAGUGACGAAUGUGUAACAUUUAUGAUACAUCUCCUUCCUGAGGUCGAGUGUUCACUGCAAGCGAAUUCUCAGCAAUCAAGCGCUUCCUGCUAUGAUUAGCGUAUCAUUAUCUGAUAUCUGCUGGUCCUUCUCCCAUCUCGCCUCAUGGGCUGCCUCCUGAGCGUCUCGAGCAACACCUGCGUCAAUGUUGUGGACUUGGCAGCAGUUGGAGGUUUCGGCGAUGUCUCCCUUCGGCGGAAGAAGCGCAGCAGCUUCCUCCACGUCAGCCGAUACUCCUCCCUCUUCGCCUCCAGGAAGAAGGGCGGCGGCGGCGAGGGAUUCGACACCCCUUUGUCGUCGAAGAAGACCGGCUUCCUCGUCGCGGAUGCCCUGAGGAACCUCCAGAGGGCGCACUCCUUCCGCCACGGCGAAUGCUACUUGUGCAACUACAAGAACAAGAACUGCAAUGGCGUGUGCAUCCACAGGGAGAUCUUCACCUCCGUGAAGCCCGGCUAUUACUCGAGCUAUUAUGACACGGGAUCCCACGAAGGCCUCGCCCGCGGGGGGACGCUUCGGAAAUCGCUCACGGCUCUGCCCUCAAGGGACAGCGACGUCUUCAGCGUCGACUCGCUUUCGAAAGGCACGAUCCUGCGCCGCACCAUCAACCGGGGCUCGUCCAGAUCCUUCAAAGCCAAGAACAGGAAAUCGAUGAGGUCCAUCACGGCCUUCCCGACGGACGCGCCGCCGCCGGAGCUGGGCAUCAAACCCCAAAUCUCCUACAAGCUUCAGAGGAGGAGCCUCGGUCACGAAAUUUAUGAAGCUUCGAUAACGAGUAUCGAAGAGAACGAAGCCCUGGCGACCCUUCAAGAGAUCAUCUACGCCAACAGCCACGAAGAUUCGCCUUUCCCUUCCGGCCUCGAGAACAACGACGACGACGACGAUAGCAACUACGAGCCCGUGAGACCUCCGCUCCCGAAGAGGAACCGCGUCAGGCGGGACAGGAGCGACUACGCGAGCUCCCUUGAGUACGAUUCCCUCAUGAGAAGAGGCACGCUCACCGCCAGCGACUUCGGCCUCGUGAAGGGACCCCAGUCUAGUCCGCCUCUGCCGGCCAAGGUGGUGCCGAGCGCCCUCGACCCCAACCUCAGCUCGGACGACCUCACCGAUUCCGUUCUCUCGACGAGCAGCGACGGCAACGGCAGCACUAGGGGUCGCGGGGGCCAGUGCAGCGGCGAGGGGGAGGGAGACGAGGACCGGAGCCGAGGGUACGAGGAGAUCGGCGAGCGGGCGGCCAGCCAGGUGGAGGAACAGUGUGAUUCGGAGAACACCUACAGCGAAAUAGAAACCGAAAGUGGCCGAGGGUACGGAAGGGGCGCGGAAAGAAAUCCUCAGAGCAGUAAAGAGGAAAAUGUAUAUAACGAGAGAAGAGACCCGGUGUAUAAUAAAAAGAUGGAAACAAAAGAAGGAAAACACGAAGAGACCUCGUCAUUCGCAGAAACCUUGGACAAACCUCAUAAGGGGAAAGAAGAACAAGGAGAAAGUGCCAACUCCCAGAUGGACAACAGCGUGACCCCCGUGUACCUGGCAGCUCAGGAGGGCCACCUGGACGUCCUGCAGUACCUGGUGGAGAGUGCCGGCGGCCGCCUCGACCUCAGGGCCAAGGACGGCAUGGCACCCUUGCACGCGGCGGCGCAGAUGGGCUGCCUCAACUGCCUCAAGUGGAUGAUAACAGAACAAGGCGUGGACAUCAACCUGCGUGACGGAGACGGCGCGACGCCCCUGCACUUCGCCGCCUCCCGAGGACACGUGGAAACCGUCCGCUGGCUCCUGAAGAAGGGGGCCUCCGUGUCCCUCGACAAGUUCGGGAAGAGCCCCAUCAACGACGCAGCGGAUAACGACCACAUGGAGGUUCUCCAGCUCCUCGUCCAGCAUGGCACAGCGCCGGACUACGCCACGGAUUCGGACUCGACGGACUCGGGCUCACACCACCACCACUGCACGUGCCACCAGAGCAGCCGCUCUAAGAGAAAGGGUUCCGAGUGCUCAUUAACCGGAUCGGAUUCCUGUACAUCUUCGUGCGAAAGUGACUGUCACAGCUCUGGCAACAGUUCAGACUCUGGCGUACAUCACGAACCAUUUUAUUUGCAUCCACCGACUGCAACAGAGAGUGAAAACAAGAACCAAAAGAACUCCUUCUUCCUCAAUCCGCUUACAGAUCUAAAAGAAGCUUCUGAUAAAUACAGCAAAGAUAAAAUAGAGAAGGCAAAGUCAGGCGACAGCAGUGAUGACAAGUCAAAAGAGCCAUUCUAUCUACAUAAACCAGAGGCUGCAAGUUACCAACCUAACCGUGUACAAGAGCUCUUUGGUACCAAGAGCGUCAGAAACAGCGUGAAGCAGAUCGAAAGUAAGAAUCAGUCGGGAAAGAAAACCAAAUCCACAGAAAACGGAUCCCCCGAAGAACGCAGAGAAAACGGUCACUCCAGCGGAUCCGUCAAAGAAAAUGGGAAUUUCAGCAGAAACUCUAUUAGACGAAGCGAGAAGAAGAAUGGACCGUUUGAGUAUUCUAAUGUUAACUCCGAUAAGAAGAAAGGAAAGGUCAACUAUGAAGACAGAAAAUUGCCCAAGAUACCAUCUUCAUCAUCCCAAGCUGUCACAUCUUCAUUUAAAGUGAAGGCCGACGUGCACAGCGGCGACGACUCGGCCUCCGUCAGCAGCGGCGACCACGACCACCACUACGAGGACAUCGAUCCGGCCCUCAUGGCGAGUCGGGCGGCCGCGCGGGAGUCGGCGGGGCGCGCGCGAGACGCCGCCUCGGCCGCGUCUCCUUCCCGUCGCUCCUCCUCCUCCCGCUCGAACCCGAGGGAGGGAUCUUCCAAGGAGGAACACGAGGAAGAAGGCAACGGGGAGGCCGCACGACGCAAGCAGAGGCUCCAGGGCCUCGACGACCUCAUCGCUGAGUUCGACGACGGCGGCAGCGGCACCGCAGCGACCGCAGCCCGAGCAUCAUCGGGUCGCCGGCAACUGCAGUCUACGCUGUCGAUGCCACCUGCCGCGCCCCACCCCCCGGCGCCCUCGAAGGAGCGCGCGCCCGUCUCGCGCACCCACUCCGAGCCUCCGCCACCCCCGCCCAUGCCCUCCACCCCUUCGCCCAAGGCCUCGCCUUCGGCCUCGCACAAGACAACAGGGACCUUCGGCAGGAGGGACAGCCCCUCGCACUCCAGCGCCUCCUCCCCCUCCCAGUCGCCACCGUCCUCCAAGCCCUCGUCGCCCAGGGCCGCCCACGACGCCCUGCGCGCCUCCGCCCACGACGGAGAAGGGCCCAGCGAGGAGGGCGUGGUGAGGCCCUCCUGAGUUCAUCAGGAGGAACUCGCAGAGGAGCGAGAACGGAUCCUUCAGAGGAGGCCACAGGAAGCUCGAUAGGCCUACGUCCCUGCCCUUGGACGUCGCCGAGCACUACGGCAGGAUCUUGUCCGCUGGGAGGGACAGGGAGGCCCCUUCGGGCACGCAGGAGGACCCGGGGUUGUCGACGCAGCCCAA